GGGGCCUCGAGGCUGCUUUUAAAGCGAGUGCCCGCCCCCAUCCCACUUGCCCGCCCCGUGCCUGCCUCCCAGAGCUCAUUCCCCUCCCAGGCUGCCCCAGCUCUGUCCUGGACAGUGUGCCUGCCAGCCACCGCUGUCCAUGGCAGGGCCCCGGGGCCUCCUCCUGCUCUGCCUCCUGGCCGUCUGCCUAGCAGGCUCCCGCCCCGUCGGGGGGCAGAAGGCAGUGGGUCCUGUUCUCCACCUGAGGAAGCCAAGGCCCAAGGAUGGUGUUCAGGUGUGGUCCAGACGCUGCGAUGUGAAGACCAAGUUUGUCACUCACAUACCCUGCACCGUGUGCCCCGCCAUCAAGAAGCGGGUGUGUCCCCCGGGCUGGCUGCGUGAGUUGCCGGAGAAGAUAUCACAGGACUGCCGCUACGAGGUGAAGCUAGGGGGCUCUCUGGUGUCCAUGAGCGGCUGCAGCGUGGGAUGCUGGAAGGACGUGGUGCAGAAGGCCUGCUGCCCUGGCUACUGGGGGUCCCAGUGCUAUGGUAUUGGGGGGUUCCAGUGCUAUGGUGCAGGGGUGUCCCAGUGCUAUGGUAUUGGGGGGGUCCCAGUGCUAUGGUAUUGGGGGGUUCCAGUGCUAUGGUGCAGGGGUGUCCCAGUGCUAUGGUAUUGGGGGGGUCCCAGUGCUAUGGUAUUGGGGGGUUCCAGUGCUAUGGUGCAGGGGUGUCCCAGUGCUAUGGUAUUGGGGGGGUCCCAGUGCUAUGGUAUUGGGGGGUUCCAGUGCUAUGGUGCAGGGGUGUCCCAGUGCUAUGGUAUUGGGGGGGUCCCAGUGCUAUGGUAUUGGGGGGUUCCAGUGCUAUGGUGCAGGGGUGUCCCAGUGCUAUGGUAUUGGGGGGGUCCCAGUGCUAUGGUAUUGGGGGGUUCCAGUGCUAUGGUGCAGGGGUGUCCCAGUGCUAUGGUAUUGGGGGGGUCCCAGUGCUAUGGUAUUGGGGGGUUCCAGUGCUAUGGUGCAGGGGUGUCCCAGUGCUAUGGUAUUGGGGGGGUCCCAGUGCUAUGGUAUUGGGGGGUUCCAGUGCUAUGGUGCAGGGGUGUCCCAGUGCUAUGGUAUUGGGGGGUCCCAGUGCUAUGGUAUUGGGGGAUCCCAGUGCUAUGGUACAACAAGGGGUCCCCACUUAGUUCCUAACACCCCAGCCCUGGGCUCCCCAUCUGCAGCAUCUGCCUGCCUUCCCCUCCACCGUGUUCACUUAAUGGACACUUACUGAGCCAACACAGCUGGCCGCCUGACUCUGGCUGCCUUGGGUAGGGGCCACCAAGAGCUGCCGGGGUCAGGGAUGAAUCUAAAGUUCUUAGACCACAGCUGAAUUAUUGGAUGUGGGGGUCCACAGAGUGCCCUGGAGGGGCAGGGACCCCGUGCAACGGCCAUGGCACCUGCCUGGAUGGCAUAGACGGGAAUGGGACCUG